AUGAGUGAACUCAGUCCAGAGGAGAUACGAAGACGUAGAUUGGCACGUCUUGCAGCUUUGGGAGGCACUGGAUCAUCUCCUGUUCCUACAAGUCCCCCCAUAACUCCGGGUGCUUCAAUACCAACUGACGUUUUAAUCCCUACUCCACCCUCUCGUCUGUCACCAGCACCAGCACAAACACCUCGCAGUUCUAUUGAAAAUUCAGGUACAAACAAAGAUCAAAAUUAUUCAGAGAACAAAAAUGAAGUGUCAGAUCAAGCUAAAAUUCCAGCUGAUGGCUUGAUUGUCACAGAAAAAACGGAUAAUAACUUGAUGGAUGAGAUGCCUGACACUAAAAUGACAGACUUAUCUCAGACAAGACAGUACAAUAGUUUUGAUUCAAUGGGUGAGGAUAACUUGUUAAGCUGUGGUUCUGUGAGAGUUUUACCUCAGUCAACAGUGAGUGGUUCAGAAGGUGUAUCCACUAGAGAGGACAGUACAUCUCGCUCAAUUUCUCCAGCACAAUUUGCCGAACCUCCACCAGUGAGGGCAAGAACAAGUAAUGCUUCACCCAGUUGUUCACGACGUUCACUGUCUAUGGAAGUUGAUGAUAUAUCUGAAAGAAAUUCACAAUCUGAAACACAACAGGAACCCAUGGAAGUUGAAGAUAAUGACUCAACACAAUCUCCAGCUCGUAAAAUACAAAGAUCACGGACAGUUAGUUGUACUGAGCUAACAGAAGAACAACUAAGGAACAUUGUAGCCAAAAUACUUCAAGUAUCUUGGUCAGAAGAUAGUGCAGGUGGCAUUUUUGUACCAUCAGUAGCCGCAUCAUUACUUGAUAAUCCAAAGCUAACCUUGGAAGAAUUAGCAUCUGAAGCCUUAAUGGAUGUUAUUACACAAAUUAUUGAUGGAUCAGAUCCUUUAAAUCAGAAAUUAAUUGCUAUUACUGAAACAGCAAAAAGUUUAAGUGAAGAUUGUGGAGAUGACAUUUUAACAACGGGACAUAUUGCACCUGAGACAGGCACAGAAAAGGCUGAAUGUCCCACACCGUCAUUACCUAUACCAAAAAAUAUACCAACACAGGGCCUGGCUGUUAGUUAUAUUUUAAAGUUUUACUCAAACAUAAACAUUUAUGAGAGAGAACAUGCAAAGAAAAGUUCAGAGCCGCCAUUAAGUGACCUAUUACAAAAUUUGAGAACUUUACUUGUUAAUAAUUUGGUGUUAGUGUUAAGAGGUAGAUUCGAAUUAGAAAAAUGUAGGAAAUCACCAUUAUUACCCUACAUUUUGAUUGGUAACACACCAAUAGGUCUCAUACCUGAAGUGCUACUAGCUACAUAUUUAGAUCAAGAAGCAUUUGAUGAGGUAUUCAUUCCACUACUGAUGGGGAUACGGGAAGAGAUGCGACGCCGCGUGUCCCCGCUGGUGGGUCGCGGGCACGGCGCGGUGCUGCGCGCGCUGCGCUCCCUGUGCGAACUGCGCGCGGGCCCGCGGCACUCCACGCGGCCGAUAUGCGCGCUCAUCGCCCGCCUGCCCAGCCUGUGCCCCCCACCGCUCACCACGGCGCCCGGACGCGAAAUAGCCAGAGUCAGCUUCCUUGGACCCUUCUUUGCGAUAUCGCUAUUCGCAGAAGAAAAUCCGCGGUUCGCAGAGCGUAUGAUCGCCACUGGCACGGACCAAAGCCUAGCUUUCGCUCUGCAAAGGGAGGUGGAAGCGAGCCGCAGCACACUGCACACUAUCUGCCACAACAUACUGCUGUGCCCGGAGGCGCGGGAACCCUUCCUCAAUUACUUCGCAACGCUUCUGCAGCGCAAUGAGCGACGAGCACAACUGCAAACGGACGAGCGGUCGCUUGCUGGCGACGGGUUCAUGCUGAAUGUAUGCUCAGUACUGCAACUGCUGUCCGUACGUAUCAAGCUGGAGCGCGUGUACCCGCUGUAUACGUUCCAGCCGGGCACGUGGAUCAACGUGCGCGACGAGACGCGUCUGUACUUCACUGCGCAGGAGUCGCAGGACUGGCUCGAUGCGUUAAAUAACGACCCAAGCCACACGUGGCCUGAGGCGAAGUUCCAGACGGUGUGUUGGUUCCUGACGCUGCACAUGCACCACGUGGCGCUCAUCCCCGCGCUGCACACGCACCAACGACGGAUCCGUGCAUUCCGCGACCUGCAGAAGGUGAUCGAGGAGCUGAUGGCUGCGGAGCCGCAGUGGCGCAACAGCUACUCGGCGCUGCGCAACCGUGAGCUGCUGCGGCGGUGGCGGCGCCAGAUCAAACGUCUACACAGGUCAAAGCAAUGCGCAGAGACGGCCCUCCUGGACCCGGAGCUGAUGCGGCGCGGCGUGCAGUUCUACUCGUCGGUGUGCGCGCUGCUCGUGAAGCAGCUGGAGGCGGCGGGCGGCGACGCGUGCCCCGCGCCCGCCGCCCCCGCGCACGCCUUCCGCGCCACGCCCGAGUGGUACGUGGAGGAUAUAGCCGAGUUCAUGCUCUUUGCUGUGCAAUAUGUCCCUCAGAUAGUGGCGUACUACAUAGAGGAUCCCAUCAUCACAUGGCUAUUAAGCGCCAUAUGUAAUUCACAUCUCAUCAAAAAUCCUUAUCUAGUCGCAAAAAUCGUGGAAGUUUUGUUCGUGAUAAAUCUCUCCUUGCCUAUUAAGUUAAAGAAUGACGCCGUCUAUGAGAAGUUCAUGGAUCAUCCAAUGUCCCAGACAGCACUGCCGAGUGCUCUGAUGAAGUUCUACACGGACAUAGAGACGACGGGACAGAGUACAGAGUUUUAUGACAAGUUUACUAUUAGAUUCCAUAUUAGUAUAAUACUCAAGAGUAUGUGGGAAAGACCCAUACAUAAACAGGCCAUUGUCAAAGAAUCUCGAUCAGGGCGGCAGUUUGUGAAGUUCAUCAACAUGCUCAUGAAUGACACCACAUUCCUCCUUGAUGAAUGUCUAACGUACCUGAAGCGCAUCCACGAGGCGCAAGAGGCGGAGUCGAGCGGCGCGGCGGGCAGCGGUGCGCGCGCGCGGGCGCUGGCGCAGGACGAGCGCCAGUGCCGCUCCUACCUGACGCUGGCGCGCGAGACCGUGGACAUGCUGCAGUACCUCACCGUGGACAUCAAGGAGCCCUUUCUGCGCGCCGAGCUCGUCGACCGGCUCGCUUCCAUGCUCAAUUUCAAUUUGCAGCAACUUUGCGGACCUAAGUGCAAUAAUCUUAAGGUGCGGCGGCCGGACAUCUACGGCUGGGAGCCGCGGCGGCUGCUGAGCCAGCUCGUGGACAUCUACCUGCACCUCGACUCGCCGCAGUUCCACGCCGCGCUCGCCGCUGACGAGAGAUCAUUCCGCAUAGAGCUGUUCGAGGAAGCAGCGCUGCGCCUCGCCAAGUCCUGCAUCAAGUCGCCCUCAGAGAUAGAGCGCUUCAAGGCGCUCGCGGACAACGCUUAUCAGAUUGCCGUAUCAAACCAACAAAAGAGUGAUGAGUUUGCGGACGCGCCGGAGGAGUUCCGAGAUCCUCUCAUGGAUACUUUAAUGACAGACCCAGUUUUCCUGCCAUCGGGAAAGGUCAUGGAUCGAUCAGUGAUCUUACGCCACUUACUGAACAGUGCCACGGAUCCUUUCAACAGACAACCGCUCACGGAAGACCAGCUGCGCCCUGCAACUGAACUUAAAGAAAGGAUACUCCAGUGGCAACGCGAAAAGAAACCAACGUCA